AUGGAUUCCGCAGCGAAAGCACGAUUCGACCUCAUCAGUGAGAACCUCGCCGAGGCACUGAACCCUGAGAUCAUUGAAGCCAUUUUGGCAGAGGGCCGUAACCCUCGAAUCUAUUGGGGGACCGCAACGACCGGCCGACCGCACACAGGCUACUUCGUCGGCGCGCUGAAAAUCGCCCAAUUGCUUGCGGCUGGAUGUGAUGUUAUUGUCCUGCUGGCUGAUAUUCACGGAUUCUUGGAUAACCUCAAAGCGCCGCUCGAGCUUGUUGAGAACCGUGCCAAAUACUAUCAAAAUGUAAUUACAGCGAUCCUCGAGUCUGUCGGCGUAUCUACAGAGAAGCUAGAGAUUAUUCUCGGCAGUUCCUACCAAAAAUCUCCUGACUAUGUGAUGGAUGUCUACCGUUUAUCGUCGUUGAUUUCGGAGCAUGACGCGAAAAAGGCUGGUGCGGAGGUUGUCAAGCAGAGCGGUAACGCUCCUUUGAGUGGACUUUUGUACCCGGUACUCCAGGUUCUGGAUGAAGAGCACUUGAAAGUCGACUGCCAGCUAGGAGGUGUUGAUCAACGCAAGCUUUUUGUGGCCGCCACAGAAUGGCUACCUAAGCUCGGAUACCGAAAGCGUGCGCACCUUAUUACGCCCCUUAUUGGUGGGCUUUCAGGGGGCAAGAUGAGCUCUAGUGUCCAAGAUAGUAAAAUUGAUCUUCUAGACCCACCUGAGAGCAUUUCGAAGAAGAUUAGGAAAGCUGAAGCAGCGCCUCGGGUCAUCGAAGACAAUGGAAUUAUUGGACUAGUGGAGUUUGUUCUGCUACCUGCUGCUGGUCUCAGGGGCCGCAAAGAAUUCAUAGUUGAGCGGAGGGACGCGGAGCCUUUAGUAUAUACCGACAUUAAGCAGCUCCAGGAAGAUUACAAAAACGACAUCUUAACGCCACAACUCCUCAAGCCCGCCGUCGCAGCUGGACUUAUCAGUCUGAUGGCACCUAUACAGGCGGCCUACCAAGCCUCCCCUGAGUGGCAGGAAAUCACUUUGAAAGCCUACCCACCUCCUGUUGUCGAGAAGAAACAGAAGAAGGUCAAGGACAGGGGCACUCGCUUCCCAGGUGCCAUCGCCGCUCAAGACCAAACAAAAGACACAACCCCCAAGGACCAAUAG